AUGGAAAUAUCGCACUUGUGCUUUGGCGAUGUGUGUGACUUCAUCAGAACAGCUGGAGAAACAUCUGGAAACGAAGCAGAAGUACAUUUGCUGAUAUCGCAAUUUCUUAAAGACUACCACAAGCUUCUUUUAGCACCGGGCAGCUUCAAUGAGCCAGGUGCAGAAAUCGCCAGCAAAACGGCGCCGCUCACGAUAGGCACAAUAAAAUAUGACGUUUCAGCAGAAGUUUGGAAGGAUGCCUCGCAAUUGGCUCGAUUUUUAGGAGUAAGUCAUGAACAGGCCCUGAGAGUCGUCAGUCAAGCUAAUUCACGCUGUUUUUCAGAAACAAAUCGCAAUCUAUGGUAUGCUGAGAGAAUAUUACAGGAGCGGCUGGAAGUAGUGGAAACAUUACUUGCCUUGUUGAAUAGCGACUCGAAGACCUUAGAGGCCAAGGAAACUCUCAUCAAGACCAUCUCCGGCGAGAAGUCUACGUUCUGUUUGCAUUUGAUAACCACGUUGUCGAAACUAGCAAGCACCUUUGCUGGUUUAAAUAGAUCAGAUCGUCUCUGGUCACAAGAAAUCCAAGAUUAUAAGAACAGUCAAGAUUUGAUUUACGCCCUCAGUAUUUUGAGACUCCUUCCCCUCCUCAUAAUAAAUUCUGAUACACCGGUUGGUAUUGUGACUCAAUGGUUCUCAGUUUUGAAGGAAACAGAAUACUUCUCUUCUUUUUUGAAAUCUGGUGCUUCGAAUGAAGCUUAUGACCAUAUCGAAGCUCUUAUGACCUGUAUCACCGUUUUAAUGCUCGGGCUGGAAAUUUCCUCAUUUUCCAUCAAUACAGAUGCACCUUUCUUUGAGGACGUGGAUUGCUUCAAACACAUCAACACCAUUGUCUCGGACCUCCCCCAAAGUCCGCUGAUAACUUAUUACUGGUCUUUCGUCAUCUCUCUAAAGGCAUACCUUUUGGAAGAAGAGCCCGAGAAAAACGCAAAAUUCGUCAACGACGUGUUUGGGGUGACCUCAAUGAAUAACUUGACCUCCUGUCUUGUCAGAACCGCAGAAGAGUCAGGCGUUCUGGAAAAAUUCGUGAACUUCUCGAAUUCCUUACAAAACGACAAGCUGUGGCUCACCGUCUUAUCGUCGCUUUUGGCAGUAUCGCUAAAUUUCAUAUCAAUGACCAAAGAUUCCUCAAAGACUAUAAGAGAUGUACUCAAGGGUGCCUCUCAGGAGUUCAUUGAGAGGUUUCUCACGAAUCCUGAAGCAGAGAAAAAGACUCUACUUCUCAGGAGCAAGGUGCCACUAGUCAAUGAGGGGCUUUUGCCCCUAAUUUAUUUGACAAGUGUUCAUCCAGAAUUUGCGACCUUUGAGUGGAAGGAAAUGAACACUUACACAGAGAAGCUGCGUCUUUCAGGCAUUUCGUAUGAUUUAGCCGAAAGCGACGGAUCAUUUGCAGAAACUAGUGAUUUCAUUGUUCUCAAGCAAGAACUGUUGGUCAAGCCACCAUUCGAGUGCGACGAAAAUGUGCUGAUGCCUAUUCCAAAGGGAACUCGUGGUAAAAUUGUUCCCACAUCGUCGACAUCCGAAGAUGCGAUCGUGUUCAUGUACAGUUACAAUGGCUGGUCUUUAUUAGGAAGAGUUGUGCAAAGUAUCUGCGAGACGUACACACAAUCUGAGGACGAUGCUAACAGAAAAAACGGAAAGUCAGAGUUAGUUGUAGCAAUCAUAGACCUCAUUUCGAGCGCCGUAAGUGUUGAUUCACCAAUUGAACGAUCAACAGAGGUUCUACAACACCUAUCUGGCUAUGUUGAGAGCGGAGACAUAAUUUCAGUUCUCUUUAAGCUCUUCGAACAAGCUUUACACUGGAGAGACAUGGACGUUAUCAAUGCUGGAAUUGGACUCAUGAUAGAAUUACUCCCAAACUUCCCUCACUUUGUAUGGUCACAUUUGGCUCGCUCUAGUCUUAUUGGUCGUGGCGAAAAGGAAAGUCUUGCAAUAUCGAUUUUAGCAGGUACAGGGCGGACCUCGGCAAAUUUUGACUCGAUAUAUUUGUUGAUCAAGUUGAUGGAAUGUCUCGUUUCCGAGGCGUUGAACAUCGAAGAGACGUUUUCAGAGCGCAUAAAAAUGGAAAUUCUGGAAAAUUUAAUGACACACAUGAUUCGGAUUUACGAGGGUUUCCAGUUUCAGCAUUACUCGCUUCCCUCCCAACGUUCAGAAAUUGGCCUGCUUUUGACAUCUUUGAUCACCAAAGUUCUUUACGCCGUAUAUGGAGUCGAUCCUGAUACUUCAUCAGAAAAGAAAGUCACUGCAGUCUUGGCCAGUUCGGCAACGGUUGCUGUCACAGCUUUUUUGAGUCCAUCUCCCAUCGAGAGCAGGGCAGUGGCAUCCCUGAUUACAAUUUUGACGUCCAUAAACAAUAAUGCUCUCGGGCACAGAAAUUUAACCCUCAAAGGCUCGCAUUCACAGCUUAUUGAGCAAAGUUUCAACCUCGCGAAUCUUCUCAUAUCGAUAAGGUCACUACUGAACAUAUCGCCUUCAGCAUUUGAGAAAUGCAUUUUUUCUAGGUCCGCAGAUCUGGUGAACGUCUACUUUUCUCGACUCAACUGGCGACUUCAGAUUAUCAAGCUUUUUACUCAUCUGGUGCGAGCACCAUGGGAUCUCGACCCACCAUCCUUACUUUCUUAUCUAGGUGCUGACAGGUCGAGGCUACUCUUGAGCUGUAUCGCAUAUGAUUUGAAAGGGCCUCUGACCAACGUGGACCUGACGAAAGGCUUGUACAGCUUUUUCUCGGCUAUUAUGGAAGGAAAGCAGGAUGGUCUGGCUGUCCUCUUCUUAACGGGUAAUCUCGUCACUGUCGGCGAAGUCGAAGAAAAGGGAAAAACCGAAAAUACACCUUCGGAUAACCUUCUCGCCAUCCUCAAACACAAUGCAUUACAACUGAACACGCUACGAGAGUCAGUGAGUACUCAUUUGCUCGAUGCCAUUGCCUAUGCUCUAAACACAUGGACGGCCGUCAGGGGAUAUGAAAACGAUGCCAAGUUUCUUUCCAUACUUGUUGAACGCUUAGAGGCAUUCAAACCGCAAACUAGAAGUGAAAUCAUCACGAGAAACCAAUCAAUGGAGCUGUCCAACCAGUACAAAGUCGUUUCCAGAAUCACUGAGAUUCUUGCUCUGGCUUUGUUCACAACAACGACUAAUACUGAGGUCCUACUAAAGGCUUUGAGCCGUCCUGAUUUGGCUUCAAAUGUGAAGAAAGUUUUUCAGGUUGAUGGUUACGAUUCCCAAUUGCAAGGAAGCUUAGGAAGCAGGUUCAAGUCGCUAUGGCCUCGUAUCGAGCUGUCGAUGUUCAUCACGUCCCCUCUCUUGCGAUCGAGCAAAUCAUUUUAUACCAGCAUUUUCGACAUCCCAUUAAUGGAUCUAUACUUCUCACAAGAUGAAAAAUGGAUAGGAGGUGAAACCAGUAAAGGAUUUCGGGAAGAGGUGAUCGCUGCCUCUAUUAAUCUCCAGCUUGUUACCAAUCAGAUCUCCGCAGCAAAGUCCUGGGGUGCUUUGUUGACGUCCUUUAUAAAGAAGACACCCACUCCUCUUAAUGACAAUUAUCUAACCAUUGCAUCCGAUUUAUUGGAAACGGAGCCGCUUGCAAGCACCAAUGCCGCUGAUUUCACAGACUUAUACCUGGCUCGAAUUGAACUGUCAUUUUACAUUCUUUACUCGUGCCUCCAGACUAAGAAAGAAAUUUCCGACCAAAUGCUGAAAUCCUUGAUCCUGAGUGCCAUGGGCAUGAUGAAAUCAGAGCGAGUGCGAUUUUUGGAAAGUGUAUCACAAUCAUCCAGGUAUUUCUUCUACAGGCCUUUACUAAGGAUUGUGCUGAUAAUUUUAUCGUUAGUCAAAGAUGGUAAGCUUUUCGUCGAGUCGUUAUCUGACCAUCUAAUUGAAUUUUUCGAGUUGACUUUGGGAAAGGGGGCAAACGUCAUACUAACGAAUGUACUAUCAGAGAUCGCCUCAUCAGUUUCUCAUGGAAAAAAGCCCAUAGUGGUCAAUUUAGCCGAAAGAAUUCAGGAUCUGCUUCUUUUACUUUCACUUUUCACCAAAAUUAAGGAUCUCAAUCCCCCAAAUGAUUUUUUAGUCCUCUUGGCAUCAUCAAUGAACGAGUCCGGCAUCAUAAAAACAAUUUUGAACGUAUACUCUAGUUCACAUCUAUUGAGUUUUGAGGAGGAACCAGUGCUGUGUGAUUUGUCGUUAACUUUCCUAACCGAAAUGUGCACGGUAAAGGAUGUCGCCGAAAAAUUGAUAGCAAAUGGCUUGUUCUCAGUUAUUUUAGAAAGUCCCGUCUCAGUUGUCAUUCAGCAAGGCAAGGUAAACCCUGAAGUGCAUUCCAGGCUGCACGCGCUGUGGUCGGACGGACUCCUUACUAUAACACUACAAAUUCUGAGUAAAUUUGGAAGAAAAGUUUUGCCAGAAUGCUGUCUCUUUGUUUCUUAUUUCGGUCAUCAGAUUGAAAGUGCAAUUUCCCAAUGGUCAGAUCCGUCUCUUUCGGUUUCUAUGUCUUUGAUCAAGGAGACAUCCCAGCUCAUUGUGCUACAAAACAUUUUCGCCACACUCGACUAUCAAGAUUAUCUGACGGACUCAAACAUUCGCACCAAGGUGAUCAAUGACGACGUGAUAUACGAAUUGUUCAGCGGUCUGGAUACUCUCGCUGAACGGAAAGAGCUCAGUUACUCUUUCAAGCAUCUUUUGACACAUCCAAAGUAUUUGAACUCGAGAAUUGUGCCCACCACCUUAGAAGAACAGCGCAUCUUGGAAGAGGAAGAUACGAGAACGGAAUUUGUGAAACGUAUCACACAUGGCAUUAAGGGUCUGAAUAGCAGUCUUUUCUCGGCCUUUGCAUAA